AUGCAGGUCGGUCAAUUACUCUGUGGAGGAUUUCAGGGAACAUCGGUCACUCCCCAGGCUUACCAUCUAAUAGUCAAGCACCAUGUUUCCUCGAUGAUAUUGCUGAAAAAGAACAUCACUUCUGUUCAGCAGAUAACCAAGCUCAUCAGAGACCUUCAGUAUAUAGCGAUGACCCAAGGUGGGUACAAAUAUCCUCUCAUGUUUGCCGUUGAUGAGGAGGGUGGAAUGAUGAAUUCAUUGUUUGAUCCGGACUUUUUGACCCAGUUUCCCGGUGCGAUGGCCCUAGCUGCCACGGGCGAUACAGAAUUGGUAUAUAAUGUGCUGAAGGCGUUGGCGUCGGAAUUGAAGUUGAUCGGGUUCUCAAUAUUGUUAGGUCCAGUCUUGGAUGUGGUUACAAAAUUGUCCCACCAAUUGGUCGGGGUUCGUAGUUUUGGAACGACGCCCGAAGAAGUGACGAAAUUUGGCAGGGCAGCAGCCAAGGGUUUGCAGGAUGGUGGCUUAUUCACGGUGGGGAAGCAUUUCCCAGGGAUAGGUAAUGCAUCAGUGGAUCUGUUGUUGGAAUUGCCCAUGAUGGCCGAUUCAUUAGAGCAAAUAAAGCUGUUCAAUUCUCAACCGUUUGCUAAAUUAAUCGAAGAGGGUAUCUUAGAUGGAAUCAGUGUCGCUGGUUGUGCGGUGCCCACAAUUUCCCCUGACGAAAUCCAUUCUUGUUUGUCUCCUAUAAUUGUCAACCAGUUGUUAAGACAAGAACUAAAGUUUGACGGAAUGGUGAUCAGUGAGUGUUUGGAAAUGGAUGCAUUAUUCCAUUCUAUUGGAUUGGGUCAGGGUGUGGUUUUAGCAUUAUACGCAGGCUGCGACUUGGUGAUGGUUUGCCAUAAUUUGACUUUGCAAAAUGAGGCUAUAGAAUCAAUGGAGAAGGCACUUCAAAAUGGGAACUUGGACGAAGAAAUUGUAUCUGGAAGCUUGAGAAGGAUAAAUAAGUUACAGAAAAGAUUACCAACAUGGCAAGAAAUGUUUCCAGAGGGUGAAAAAUCGGCUAGAGAUGGACUUGUAUUAUUCAAAGAGAAGUUUCCUGAAGCCUGGGAGAAUCACCAAAGAUUGAGUGAAUUGGCAUAUAAAAAGUCAGUAACGUUGGUACGGGACUAUAAUGGUGCGUUGCCUAUUACUAAAUGGAUAUCCCCAAAUUCAGGAACUGCAGCGGCAGCAGCAGCCGCUGCCGCUGCGUCAGCUUCCUCAUCGUCGGCACAGUCACAAUCUACCAGCUCUGAGAAUAACAAUAUUCUUAUACUUACGCCGCUAUUGAAUCCCCUAUAUAAAUCAGUUAAAGAUGAUAAUUCUGAAGAACCGCAAUUGUACGUUGGUGAGGAUGUUUUCAAGAAGUUUGGAGAACUACUUGCCAACCAUCCGUUUAAUUCCAAGUCUCAAACACCAUAUAAUGUUUUGCAUACCACGUACACUGCCAAUGGUCUUACCUCACUUCACGAAUCACUUAUUGAGAAUUCCCAGGUUGUUAUCGUUUUGACUUCUGAGGCAUCAAGAAACAUGUACCAAAUAGGUAUUGUGAAAUACAUUUCUAUCUUAUGUGGUGCUAAUCCCUAUAGCUUCAGUAGCAAUGGAACUAACACCAAGCUCUCAAAACCUUUAGUUAUAGUGGCAACUCUGUCACCAUACGAUUUUUUUUACAAUAAGAGCAUUGGAAGUACAUAUUUAUGUUGCUACGAUUAUACCGAUAAUGUUUUAGAACAAUUGGUCGGAGUACUUAUGGGAGACAUUCAAGCUGAAGGAUGCAUACCAGGAGAAAAAAAAUAUAUUAGCGGAGCACGUUCAAAGAAGAGAAAACAACUAGAUGCAAAAGGAAUGGGAGGUUUGGGUUUGAACAGUAGUAACUCUGCAAAGCGGAUCGUGAAACGAAAUCCAACUCCAAAGAGAAGAUGGCUCGUUGAUGAGCUUGAUUUACAGAGAGAUUGGAAUGCACUUUUUAAGCUAUGGAAAAAUAAUUCGAAUGGCGAAGAAGAAGAUUCGGAUCAUCUUCAUUUUGACAGAAGAGCUGAAGAAAUAAACUAUCAGAGUGAUUCCUUUUACAAGAUGUUAUAUCUUUUAUUGAGAACCAACAAUAAAACGCAGAAACAUUUUGUUGUUAAAAAUGCUUCCUUAAACAUUUUAUACGGAGUGGUAUUGACUUGGGUAAAUGAACACCAAUCUAUGCUGUUAUCUGGAGAGCAAGUUGCAGGAGAGUCAGAUAAAGUUGGAUCUAUAAUGUACUUAAUUGUUGAUAAAUCCAAGAGAUUUCAAAGUAUUGGAAAAAACCUUCAUGCCAGAGCCAUGAGAUAUUUAGUUGAGGAACAAAAAUGUAAAGUGAUCACCUUAGGAUGUUCAUUUCCCUUAAUAUCUUUGGUGAAUCUCAAGACCAUUACCGAAAACAGUAAGGUCGUUUCGUUCUUUAAUAAUGUUGGUUGGGAUUUGAUUGGAAAUGAAGGUGAACAAAUCAAGAAACAUAUUAUGAUUUUAGAUAAUUUGAGCAAUUGGCUGGUUCCAAAGAAAAUUAUUAGAGAGUUAAUGAUUGUAGGAGUGAGAUUUGAUAUUUGUUCCGAUCCGGAAAAAUUGAUGAAUUUGAUUAAUAAGAGCAGUGUUAAGAAGAUUUCUGAAGGUGAUAAAGAUACUAACGUCACCGGUGAAGGGACUGAGAACGAUACCAAAGAUGGUAAGAAUGAUGAAGCAGCAGACACAGAUAAAGAUUUAAAUCAAUUUCUGGAUGAAGAAAUGCAAGCAAAAGAUAAGGUCAAGGCAUUGUACAUGGAGGCAAUCAAGUAUUUGGAUAAUAAUUCAAGUAAUGGAGUAAAGAUUAUUAUUGCCUUAGAACCAACUAACCAAAAUGUCAUUGGUAGUGUUAUAUUAUUCAACAAUAGGUCAUUGCUUUCCAAGUUUUUCCCAUUUAUGAACCAGGCUGCUGCAGAAUCGACUGUCGGUGAGCCAUUAAUUGGAGGAAUUAUAGGGCCAAUUAUCGAUCCAUCAUAUUCCAAUCUUACAGAAAUUUUCAAGUUUGGUUUGGUAUGUAGUGGGAUCACAUUUUUAAAGAGCAGCAAUACCGACUCCACAAACAAAAUGGAUCAAUGUAUUAUAAUCGGUAUAGAUGAACAAAAUAGUAGCAACGUUAAUGGAAUUAAAGACAUUGGUUUCAAAGAGUGGAAACACUACUAUGAUUAUUAUGAGAAAAAGAGAGCUGACCAGUUUGCUUAA